AUGAACAACGAGGCGUGGUAGUAGAAAAAAUGUAGAACUAAUUCUAUAAAUCAGAAUAGUCUCAGUUGCUUUUACACAAAAACAUCAAUUGUAGCUUUUUAUCAAGAGAGAUAAAGUGUCCUUUACACUUUCGUCGUAAAAGUGAAAAGUUGUUUUUUUCUCUAUGCUACAGGAUAUGCAUAGAGAAGCAAGUUUACUAGAGAAACUCGGUCUUUCUCAAAAAUCUUUAUUUUCUCUAUUUUUAGCUUCAUUGGGUGGUGCCAUCGCUGGUAUUGUCGUCUCCAUUAUUGUAAAUACGGCUUUGGUUGAACUAACAGUGAAUCCUUUUUUUUCCGUCUAUUUUGCGUUCCUCUCGGUAUCAGUUGGAUGUCUUAUACUAUGGAGGGUCGUAAAUCGUGAGGUUCCUGAUCCUGAUAAUGUUUAUCAAAAACAGCUUGCUACCUUAGCAUAUCUUGUCAUUCUUUCUGGAUUUUUUGCUUUUCUGUUACCUCAAAGCUGGUUUAUUCAAUUGAACCCUUUACUAAAAAUUCCAGUAUACAGCAUUCUUGGAAUUUCAGUAGCUUUCUCUUUAUCCUUCACUCUCGUUGACGUUUUAAACCUUAUUUUUGGCUUGUUUCAGUCGACAGCGUCUAGAUCGAUAGUACAGUCUGUAUCACAAGUUCGAUUGGUUGUUUUUGCUACAAUCUUAAUGGGGGGAACAUUCGGUACGAUCUUUGGGUUUGCAGAUGUCGAAGACGCAGUAACAUCUUCUAUGGAAUUAGCUAUGAUGCGCGAAGAGAAUUAUUGUUAUCCGCUUGGAGGGCUUUUGGGAGCCAUGGUAGUCAUAGUAUUUACGUGAAAAAGAAACCGUCUGGCUUCCUGUUCGUAAUUCUGAGUUUGAAGAAGACAUUUGAAUUUUGCUUUAUCACAAGCAUAUCCUUUAUUCUACUUUAUAGAUAAAACGUAUCCGUAACACCUUGAUUCUUUUGAACGUUUUGUUAAAAAAUAUAUCAAAGUUUCAUUUCAUUAGAAAGAUAACAAGGUCUUUUUUAGUCUGCUAGUUUAGUAUUAAAAGAAAAAAAAUUAAUAAACAUGUAAUAUAAAGUAUUGUUGUUUUUUUGUAUAUAUUUUGCUGGUAUCAGGACAAAUGAAGUGAAAAUAUUAGUGAAUACCAUUUGUGAUCUUUUUUCUUAUUCUACUGCAGUGCUUACUCAUUAUAGAACUAACU